AUGCGGUCCCUGAACAUCACCCCGGAGCAGUUCGCGCAGCUCCUGCGGGACAACAAUGUGACGCGGGAGCAGUUCAUUGCUCUCUAUGGGCUGCAGCCGCUGGUGUACAUCCCGGAGCUGCCGGGGCGCACCAAGAUAGCCUUCGUCCUCAUCUGCGUUCUCAUCUUCGCCCUGGCACUCUUCGGCAACUGCUUGGUGCUCUACGUGGUGACCCGCAGCAAAGCCAUGAGGACCGUCACCAACAUCUUCAUCUGCUCCCUGGCGCUCAGCGACCUCUUCAUCGCCUUCUUCUGCGUGCCCUUCACCAUGCUGCAGAACAUCUCCUCCAACUGGCUGGGCGGUGCCUUUGCUUGCAAGAUGGUUCCAUUUGUCCAGUCCACUGCUAUUGUAACUGAGAUUCUUACCAUGACCUGCAUUGCUGUGGAAAGACACCAGGGAAUUGUGCAUCCACUAAAAAUGAAGUGGCAGUACACCAAUAAAAGAGCUUUCACCAUGCUUGGCAUAGUGUGGGUGCUGGCUCUCAUUGUUGGGUCGCCCAUGUGGUACGUGCAGCGCCUUGAGGUUAAAUAUGACUUUCUAUAUGAAAAAGUGCAUGUUUGUUGCUUGGAAGAAUGGGCCAGUCCCAUUUAUCAGAAGAUCUAUACGACCUUUAUUCUUGUUAUACUCUUCCUUCUGCCUCUGAUGCUGAUGCUCUUUCUGUACACUAAAAUUGGCUAUGAACUCUGGAUUAAGAAACGAGUGGGAGAUGCUUCAGUUCUUCAAACCAUUCAUGGGAGUGAAAUGUCUAAAAUAUCAAGGAAGAAGAAGCGAGCAAUUGUUAUGAUGGUGACAGUGGUGUUUCUCUUUGCAGUCUGUUGGGCCCCUUUCCAUGUGAUUCACAUGAUGAUGGAGUACAGUAAUUUUGAGAAGGAGUAUGAUGAUGUGACAAUCAAAAUGAUUUUUGCAAUUGUCCAGAUAAUAGGAUUCUUCAAUUCUAUUUGUAACCCUAUUGUGUAUGCUUUCAUGAAUGAGAACUUCAAGAAAAAUUUUCUGUCUGCCCUCUGCUUCUGCAUUAUGAAAGACAACACAUCCCCAAGCAGGCAGCUUGGGAACUCAGGAAUGACCAUGAGGAGGAAAAAGCCAAGUGCAUCUCAGAAAGAUCCCACGGAUUUGGACGAAGGCAGGAGGGAGGCAUUCAGUGAUGGCAACAUCGAGGUCAAGUUCUGUGAUCAGCCAGCUUCCAAAAGGAAUUUGAAAAGGCACCUGGUCCUGUUCAGCUCUGAGCUGACUGUGCACUCUGCAGUAGGAAAUGGACAGUAGCAUCACAAGGGGGUUGGGAAUGGAGAUGUUGUUCUCUUUAUGUUCAUCUCAAUAAGCCAUUUAAAAGAGUUUGCUGCUUUGCAUGCUGAAAUGAGGGGGGAAGAUGAUGUGUGGACUCUAAUAAUUUUGGGGUAGUGACUGAGAAAAUGUAAUAUUUAUUUUAUAAUUAUGAGGAGUAAGACUUUUGAAAUGAACAUUACUGUGUGAUUUCCAGGAGAAAAAAAUUGCUUCCUGACCUAAUUUAGGGCUUGUUUGCCCUCUGCUUUAGAUAAACCAAACAACUGCUGCUUGCUCCAUUUAUUGUGUGUCUGGACUGUGCACAGCUGAAUGCAUGGAGACAGGAACUGUGGAGAGCAUGUGCACCUUUUUGGGACAGCUGACAUGGGGAUGACAUUGUAAGAUCUACUUUCUGCAUCUUUGAGAACAGAGCAGCUUCAGAGCUGAGUUCAGGAAAGAUGGAGACUGAAAUGCAGUUCCAUUUUAGAAAAAAAAGGGAAUAUGAAAGAGUUAUCCAGAACAUGACUCUGAAGAGGUUUAAGGUUUAAACUUUACAUGCAUGUUCAGAUUUGUUAGCAGGAAGCAUAUUAGUCAAUGCAUGCAUAAUUACUGUGCUGUUUACAGGUUCAUUCCUGGGUACAAAUUUCAAUGCCAUUUUGCUGCCCUGCAAACUGCAUUGUUCUGCUGGAAAAUGGAGCGGCUGGAAAAGUGCUGUACAAGAGAGUGCAGAUGCAGGAGGUGUGGUCUGUAGAGUAAAACUGCACUGAACUUCCAGUCAUGCUUGGGCAUGUGACUCUCAGGUUGAAAGGGCGUUGUUGCCAUUUUCUGGAGGGUUACAGGGGCCUGAUCCAGAGCCUGUUGGGACUUCAUGGAAGACUGUUAAUGGAAUACCAUGAUCUUUUGACCAGACACUUCUCUGAGGACAUGCUUGUAUUUUUGUCUGUCCAUCAUCUUCAAAGGGGAUUAGUUGCUGUCUGACAGCUGGGCCAGUGCUUUGUUAUUUUAGGCUUCAUACUAAGUGAGGUUGAUAUUCUUACAAAUUCUAAAUGUUUUUGCUCUCAGUGGGCCAAACUGCAAAAUUGCCAAGGUAUGUUUGCAAGUGUGGGACUGGGGGGAGGUGAGUGUGAUCUGAACUGGUACACUGGGAUCUGGUACACUGAGAUUCCAUAAAUGAGGCCUUGAAAUUCAGAAUUUCCCACUCCAGCUGAGAUUAGGUUGGAUCCUUUAGCAGCCUGUAAAAUGUCAGUGCUCUCUUCUGUCACCCCUUGCCUCACCUAUGGGACAUUGGUGCUGCCUUGGCAGUCAAUUUAAGAUUCUUUUACAUUGCUACUUUAAUUUCAUUGUAAAUGAAAACGUAGAGUAAAAUAUCCU